GCGCUCCUCUAUAUAAACGGGCCGUGCAGGCUCUCAAAGCAGCUCGUAGAAUCUCGCAACAGUUUAUCGUGUCUUCAGUUUUUCUAUCCGAUUGCGCAUCUUUCUUACGUUCGAUAUUAUAUUCUCUUCUCUUGACGUUUUACUCGAGAUAAUUUGUGUACGCUGACGGCUAUGAUGUUCCGUCGUUCUGCCCUCGCGGCUCUCACGUUCCUCGCGAACGUGAUACUUCUUACCACCGCUCAUCCUUCUGAACGAAUCUUUACAAUAUGCGUCCCCGAGGUGUACUGGAAAGAAUGCGCGGAUAUGAUCAAAGACUCAGCUGUCAAGGGAAUUCCAAUCUCGUGCAUCUCUGGUCGCGAUCGAUACGAGUGCAUCGAAAGGGUUGGUAAAAAGGAAGCCGAUGUGGUAGCUGUUGAUCCGGAAGAUAUGUACCUGGUGGCGAAGAACAACCACCUGCAGGAGAAAGCCGGCUACAACAUUGUCGAACAGGUGAGAACGAAGGAGGAGCCACACGCGCCGUAUCGUUACGAAGCUGUGGCCGUGAUACACAAGGACCUGAACAUCGACAACGUGCAAGGUUUGCGUGGAUUAAAGUCUUGCCACACCGGUGUGGGCCGUAACGUUGGUUACAAAAUUCCGAUCACCAAACUCACUGACAUGGGAGUACUGAACAAUCUACACGAUCCAGAAUAUUCAGCGCGCGAGAACGAGCUACGUGCAUUGAGUUCUCUGUUCUCCAAGGGAUGUUUGGUCGGCACCUGGUCUCCGGAUCCAGCGAUCAACCGCAGACUUAAGGAAACCUAUUCGAACAUGUGCGCUCUUUGCGAGAAACCGGAAGUUUGCGACUACCCGGACAUUUACUCUGGAUACGAGGGCGCGUUGCGAUGUCUCGCGCAUAAUGGUGGUGAGGUAGCCUGGACGAAGGUGAUCUACGUGAAACGCUUCUUCGGCUUGCCAGUCGGCAUGACACCUGCAGUCCCGACCUCAGAAAAUCCUGCUGACUACCGAUACUUCUGCCCGGACGGUAGCAAAGUACCGAUAGACGCAACCACGAAACCUUGCACCUGGGCUGCCAGACCUUGGCAAGGAUACAUGACCAACAACGCAGUGAAUGACGUAGAAGCGAUUCAAAAGGAAUUGACGGAUCUUGGUAAACUAGGAGAGGAAGAAAAGGCAGCUUGGUGGAAAGACAUCAUGCUACUGGACGAAAAAACUUUAGCAGUCGCCGCGUCACCCGUAUUGCCCGCGAACCACUUAAAAGACGCAAAAUAUCUUGAUGUGAUCGAAAGAAACUCUGGAGCUACAGACAAAAGUGCUCGAUGGUGCGUCUGGUCCGAAAACGGUCUUGACAAGUGCAACGCUCUUGCGAAAGCAGCGUACUCGAGAGAUGUCAGGCCAAAGUUCGAGUGUGUGCUCGAAAAGAGUCAAGACGACUGCUUGAAAGCCAUCAAGAUAGGUAAUGCGGAAUUAUUGGUUGUCGAAGGAGGUUGGGCCUCUCAUGCGAUCAAAAACUUUAACACGAUCCCCAUAAUCGCGGAAUCGUACGGCCCAGGUUCCACAGACCUCGGCGAGAGAGCAGCAGUGGCAGUUAUCAAGAAAUCUUCUUCGAUAAACAAAAUUGAGGAUUUGAAGGGCAAGAAAUCUUGCCACAGUGGAUACAAGGGUAACUUUGCCGGUUGGACAGCACCGUCGCAUGUAUUGAAACAUAAAAAGUUUAUAUCCUCGGAGGACGAUCUGGCCAAUUUCUUCACCGCAUCCUGUGCCCCUGGAGCGCCGAUCGAGUCGACGCUGUGUCAACAGUGCGUUGGAAACUCGGCGAGCAAAGACGAUCGAAUCCGAGAAGCGAGCAAAUGCAAGCCAAAUAACGAGGAAGCGUACAUCGGCGGCAAGGGAGCUCUCGCUUGCUUGUUAGAAGGCAAGGGAGACGUGGCAUUCCUGCCAUCGCCAGCUUUGAGCGACGCCGAUUCCUCAAAGAUAGAGUUACUUUGCCCGAAUGGUGAACGCGCUGCUAUUAGCGAAUGGCAGACAUGCAACUUAGGACUGGAGCCACCAAGGCUGAUCGUCAGCUCGGCUGCUAAAACUCCGAACGCUUUGGAAGAGCUCACUCAUGGUAUAUUAGCUGCCAGUGGCCUGUACUCGAAGCGGCCCGAUCUUCUGCACAUGUUCGGCUCUUGGUCCGACCGAUCGAACAUACUGUUCAGGGACGAGGCAAAGGGUCUCGUAUCAGUGAACAAAACGUGGAACAAGUGGAACGAUUGGCAACAAACGCGACAAACUUACGGCAUAGCAUGAAGCUUGAGAGACACUAUUCCUCGUCGCUGGUUUCAAAUGGACGCGACGCUGUAUAUUUAACGAUACAAUAAAAUAGCAUAGCAAAUAA